UACUUUCCUUACCAACCGCCAGAUGAUGACGGACGACACCGACGCGCGAUAACCGCACGCGGACCGAACGAACCGCCGACACCGCGAACCGACCUAGGCUCUUUAGUCUUGUGAUCCGCGCCUUUACGCACACACCACUUUUUUUUUCCCCUCCCGGUUCCCCGAAAAACACCACUGUGCUCACCGCCGACAUCACGUUUUUUUUCACACGUUAUUUCUGUUUUUGUCAUUGUUUUUUUUUUUUGAAAACCACAAUAAGACCGACCUCAACCCGACGCCUUAGUUUUUUUUUUAUUUAUUCAUCUCACACCAUCCUCAACAUAUACAUCUCCAACGCUGUGACAGAUCCAGGUGCGCGUCAAAUUUGUCUCCCCUAGAAGGAAUCACCGGCUAUAACAGAAAAGCCGGCGUUACGUAACACAUUACAUAAUCAUACAGAACGUGACGCGGCCCCGCGUAAUAGCCAUUUGAAUAUUGAAUUCAAAGGCAUUUACGCGGAAUACCGCUAAUUACUUUUCUUACCAACCGCCAGAUGACGACGGACGACACCGACGUGCGAUAACCGCACGCGGACCAACCGAGCCGCCGACACCGCGAACCGGACCUAGACGAACUAGUCUUGUGACCCGCGCUUUUCAGCACACACCUAGUUCGGUAUUGACUCUACCCCCUUUUUCUCUUUCUUUUCAUCACCACCUUAUUUUACAGGUUUUUUUUUUGUUGUUCGCCUGAUUUUUUUUUCAUUUCUUUUUUUGCGAAUAAACAUCUCCCGUUCACCAACAACCCGCUUUUUAGUGUUUAAUUUUUUUUUCCUUUUCCUCACCACUCGGUCCUUACACUCGUGACGCAGUGCCUACACCAGGAUCCGCGUCAAACGUAAUUACGUAACGAUAGCCGCGCCGCCUGAUUAACGGACGCUCCGACUUCACCGCACGUGACACUGCAAACCACGGACAGAAAUGAGCACGUGCAUUGAGUGUGGUAAAGUUUAUGUCAACAAGUAUAAUCUAUACGAACAUUUAAUUAAACACGAUACAACAUAUUCGUGUUGUAGAUGUGACGAGGUUUUCACGAAAAGAGGCGACAUUAUCAGACACAUCAAGGAGAACCACAAAUCCUUCAUUCCAAUGACGCAGAAGCAGCAGAAGUACGAGCCACCGGCAUUCGACUCGAAGUGCAUGACGCUUACGCAGUGCGUGUUUUCCGAACAGAAAAAAGUGCUGUCGGUCAACGAAAACCUGACCCAAUUGUUGAUCAGCAUCCAGACGGCUGUCAAGGCGGUCAGCUCGGCCGUGCAGAAAGCCGAAUUGACGCACAUGUACGACAUGGACGGGUCCACUAACGUGCAGGGCGAAGACGUCAAAAAGUUGGACGUGCUGAGCAACGAACUGUUCAUUAACACAUUGACGUCGUCCUUUAAAGUGCACAUGAUGGUCAGCAAAAAAAACGAUACUAUGAUUGAGAUUGAAACUGGAAAACGUGGUAGAUACAUUGUGUGUUUCGAUCCUCUGGACGGAUCAUCCAACAUCGAUUGCCUUAUGCCCCUUGGUUCAAUAUUUGGAAUAUUUAGGAAAAUUCACAUAACCGACGAGACAAAUGCUUUACAAAGUGGCAGGCACUUAGUGGCUGCUGGAUAUGCGCUUUAUGGUAGUGCUACGAUGAUGGUAUUAACAUUGGGCAAAGGGAGAGGAGUCCAUGGGUUUAAGUUGGAUCCAUCGAUUGGUGAGUUUAUGUUGACUGAAAGAAACAUCAAAAUACCCAGCAAGGGAAAUAUCUACAGCAUCAAUGAAGGGUACUCACAUUUGUGGGACAGAUAUGUAAGAGAAUAUAUGAGGAGGAUAAAAAAUCCAAAGGAUGGUGAACCGUACAGUGCCAGGUAUGUUGGCUCAAUGGUUGCAGAUGUACACCGCACAUUGAAGUAUGGAGGUAUAUUCAUGUACCCAGCCACAAAACAUUUACCAAAAGGCAAGUUACGGUUAUUAUACGAAGGAAACCCAAUGGCUUACAUAAUCGAGGAAGCAGGUGGAAUGGCGAGCAAUGGUAAGAUACCCUUAUUGGACAUACAACCCAUAGAAAUUCAUCAGAAAACCCCAGUAUUUUUAGGCUCCAAAGAUGACGUCAACGAAUUGGUAAAAAUAUAUGAAUCAUUUUAAUGCAUCUAUUUUUUGUAAAAACUUAUACUGUAAUCAGUGUUGGAGAGUAACUUAAAUUACUUUAACGCAAUUACUUUUUAAGUAAUUGAAUUAAAUUUUAUUGUAAAUAAUUUAUAUGUAAUUUGAGUUUUUUUUUUUUUUUUGGUUUUAUACAAUUUUAAAACUUGAUGAAAUUAAUUUUUUUGAAGUAUAAUACUGCUUUACCUUCAAGUGCUUUCUUGUUGCCUUCAAGUUGCUGCAACUUUCAACGUUUGUUUUGUAUAGCAGGUGAUAUAUGCACUAAAAAGCGUUCGAAAAUAAGUGAUUGUAAUUUUUAAAAUGCUCUUUUAUUUAAAAUUAAUUUAAAAAAUAAAGAUUAAUAUUUAAUGUA